CUCUCAACAAAGUUGGUGGCGGGACGUGCAGAGAAUGCUUUCGGGACCUUCACGGCAGUUCUUGAGAGUAAGGAUUCGCGCAGUGUUUUGAGUUAAAGAGCAGGUGGAAUUUGUGUGUUGUGUUUAUACUUCAGCAAAUAAUUUCUUCAUAUCGUUCCGAUUUUAAUUGUAGUCGACAAAACAUAUCAAGUAUUUCGAGGACCAACCUUUGAAUUAUUUACAGUAUAAAUGAUGUUUUCUUAUAAAGUCGGCAUUUGAAGUCAAUGGAUAUCGUCCGCAUGUGGAUUCAGUAGUUGUUUAUGAAUGGAUACUUCUUGUGUGUGAAAAGUGUUCAGCAUGGAAAAUGAAAUUUGUUUCUUGUGUAACAGAUUCAAAGAGAUGCGCAUAUAGCGCAAAAGUAAUUUGGAUUAUAAAGGUAAAGUUUGAUCGAUUUGUGACAAAAUAUGGCUUGAAUUCAAAAACUAAUAAUAUUUUUAAGGCUCUAUUUAAUGAUGAUAAGAGCACUUAUCACUAAAAUACUAAAAAAAAUAAUCCAUUUUUGCAAAAGCGAAUUAAGUAAUUGUAAUUCUGAAGAUAUACCUUUUGUUUUAUUCUAGAAAUCAGAUAAGCACAAAUGAACAUAUUUCGUACAAAUUAAAGUAUAUGUAAUUGAUCUAAUAACUCUGCAUAUUCGAUCAGAUGUUAACUGACUACAAUUAUCAAAAAAUACUUAGUAUUAAAUUUUCAAUUAAAUAUCGGAGAAAAUUUUGAUCCUAUAAGAGGUCAAUUAUUAAAAUUAAAAUUAUUUUAACUGUAGAAAAAAGAUGAACUAGCAUCAAAAUAGUUAAUAAAUCAUAUCUAAUUAUGUAUAUAGCGUAAAAAAAUUUUUAGAUGGAAAUACAGAAAAAAUUUUGAUAAAAAGGAGAUAAGUUUUAGAAAUUAUUUUAAAGUUCCUUUUGUCAUGAAAAGUCGAUAGUUUUGAAAACAUGUAAUAUUGUACAAAAUUUCAUUUGCAAUAUAUUUAAUGAAAUGUAGUGAAAUGGCUUCAAAAAAAAUUUCUAAUUUAUUAAACAGAAUGCUUCUUCAGAGUAAAACUUCAUGCGAAAUCCAUUUCUAAACAUCAUCGACAUUUUCAGUCUUUGAUUAAAUAUCUUAGGAAGUUCAAUUGGCUGCGCUAUUUCAUAAAAAUCUCCGAAAUAAAAAAAGAAAACCGUAAAAAAAUAAACGAUAAAAAAACAUUUUUUGAAAAAGUUAAUUUUUAGAUGCCCAUCAGAAAAAUCUAAGAAAGAAAACGAACUAGCAUUCGACAUUUCAACUAUUUCCUGUUAGUCAUUUUUUUUAAUGAAUACGAAUACGUCCUAGUGACAUAAAUUGAAUAGAAAAAUAACAGGAAGAGAUAAGUAUUCUAAUGAAGAUGGAAGCCAUCUCCAUAAGUUGGUUAGUCACUUCGGCAAGUGCCCCCCUUGUGGUGGUGCUGGCUCUCUGGACUCUCUAUGUGUUCCAUACGUACCGACGCCGCUGGCGGACCGUGGACCUCUUCUUACUUGCCCUUAUCUCUCAAGAGCUGGUUCUGGCCAUUUCCACUUUUGGAUUCGCUCUGGUCAGCCUUAUAGGUGGACCUGCCCAUCCCGUGCCCUGCACACUAGCCCAAUUUGGCCUGGUGGCUGUCCGGACCUUUCAGGUAGCCACUCUAGCAUCCAUGGUAGUGGACAGAGCCCUUACCGUUCGAUGGCCCUAUCGUUAUAGAUUCAGUGUCCGACGAAAUCAGAUUCGGUAUCAUGUCAGUGUUCUUGCCUUGGUGUCCACUCUUGUCGGAGUAGCGGCGGUAUUUGCGCGUCUGGAACCGGACAAUCGAUGCCGUCUUCAUCCUGCACAGUGGGACAUACGAUAUGUUUUGUUUGUGCUCUCACUGUAUGCUUUCUUAAUAUUGGUGUCUCUCAUCUGUAUGGUUCAGGUGGAAAUACACAGAGUUCGGCACGGGGCAAAAGCAUCCGACUCUUUCCAACUUCCGGAAUGUGUAUCCCCGGACCUUCCGUCAGCCACCGGAAUGAAUAGCCCUCUAGAUACCCAAAGUAGCACCGGAAGCACACGAGCCCUUCACAGACCUUCUCGACAGGCCAGUCGACGUCCCUAUGCUAAGGACAGCAAGGGUACUUCCGAUUUAAGGUGGCCCUCUGUGGCCCUAACCUGUCUUUUGUGCUUUCUCAUCAACCACAUACCAUACCUGGUUCUAGUCGGUUUAGCCUCGUGGCACGCGCCUCUCUGGUCACCUUGGCAUGAGUCCAUUCUGUCGUGGUUGGGAAUGCUUGAGGGUUUUCUGGUGCCUUUUUUGCUCUUUUGCCGGGAUCCUGCUAUGCACGCCGCACUGAGGAGGGCUUUCCAGAGAAGAAGUGGUGCCCUGUCGCCUCUCGUCAGCGAUGAGGGUCCUUUCCAGAUGUACUUCGACAAAGACCAUUUCCGGAAGCGUGGCACCUUUGGCUCGGUAACUCCCGUCGGCAUCAUCACCAACUACCGUCGAACCCCGGGGAAAAAGGCGCGUCGCAAAGGGGGGGGAAAGUAUACUUUACCGGGGCUCCACGGUGGCGACUCGGUGUUAGCCAAGUCUUGCUUCAUGGGAGGCAAUGCCGAGCCUUUAAGCAAACUAUCCUGCGCCGAUCUCACCUCCCUCGAGAUGUGGAGGGAAGAGGAGGAGAACUUUUAUGCAACUCUCUCUGAUGAUUUCAGCACUUUUAGCUGCAAGUCGGGAGAUGACAGCGCCCUCAGUGAGGACCUGCGCAUGAGUGAAGAGGUAUAUGGAGGUUCCUUUACCACUGUUGCCAACGACGAUUUCGAAUUCCACGACACUCGACCCUGCGGAGGCGAAGUGAAAAUGAAACCUGCCCUCGUGUCACCAGCUACCCCACCUUCUAGAAAAACUUCCUUUCGAGGAAAUAUAUUCACCAAAGUAGACCUACCUAAAGUGCCUCGUGCUCGAGGUGGAGAUCUGUUUGAUUUUAAGGAGAAUAGCGACGAUGAACGCAAAGACCCCGAAUUGUCCAUCGUGCCGUCCACCACUGACCUAUGGCUAGACAAAGGUGAUCCUGAGCAGCCUUCUGAUCUGAAACCAUCCCCGAAACGCUUCGGAACUUUAUCACGUCAUCCGAAACCCACUUCAUACUCGAUGAACGAUUUGGAUCUCAUUCACCAGAAAGGGAGUCGCUUGGAACACGAACCAGAAUCCACCUUCCUUCUACCCGUCAAGAGCGAGUCCACUAUGUCCUUGUAUAGAUUAAACGUGGACCAGGAACUUGACCCCCUGGCUCUCACCCCUUCCAGAUCAGAGAACAACGUGAACGGUGACAGCGGAUUCGGUAGUGGAGCACAAUCUACCAAUCCUGUCUGGUCUGGAUUCCUCUGCCGAAAACCUUCUGAUCCUUUCUGGAACAUAAGAAAGCCGACCACAGCUGUUGCGACAACUCCAAACAAGAACUAUCCGGCCAUUCUCCACCCUCGGAUGAGGAAGAUUCCUUGGAUAUCCGCAUGGAAGAAACUGGAUGAGAAUAGUAUCCAUAAUGAGAGGAGGAAAGAAGAAUCCCUGAGUAGCCAGGCUAUCGUGGGUUGGAAAGAAAACCUCAUGUACGAAUCGAAUGCCACUCCCAUAAAGUCGACCAUCGACGAAGAACUAUCUGACGUCAAUAGUCCUGUCUGUAAUGGUGAUUAUAAUCUAAAUAUUUUUGCCAAAGAAAGUGGUGUGCUUAUGGAAAAUGCGUAUGGGAAGAUAGUGCGCGAUGAUUGCGGCGUUCAGGUAAAUUUUUAUGGCACAAAUGCUCAGUACGAUGAUAAAGAUAUCACCGGAGAUUCCUCUAAUGUUUUUGAAAGAAGUGUCCAGCCUACUGAAUAUAAUGAUGAAAGAAAUUUAAAACUUAGUGGUAAACCUGAUGAAAAUCAUUUACAAAGUUUGAAUGAUUCAUCACCCGAGAAUAUGAAUGUAAUUACCAAACAGCUAGCGUUGGAGAAACUCUUUGAAGAGCCAACAAAUCAGUUCAAAUGCGAACCAAAACCUAAUGGCAGGCAUUAUGAAAAUCUUUUUGGAACAAAAGAGAAUAUAUUUUCUCAGUGUGAUCAACAUUUAGAUAAAAAACAGACAGAAACCGAUGAUCAGAAAGUUCAUCGUGAGGAUAGCUUUAGGAAUAAGAAUCUUGUUGAAUCCAAGUCCAUCUAUGGACAACUAAACAAACCGGAGAGACAAGAGAGUGGGAAAUCCCCUUCGAAAUUGCGAAGGAGAGAGAGUGACAAUCGUGGCAAUCGAUGUGGUGUGAGACGACGUGAAGGCAGGACUCGGAGUGAUCCUCGAUCAAACUUCCUAACGAGAGAUCCGAACUCUUCCCUCCAUUUCUCAGAACUCACUGCUGGCAUUUCCCAGACAAUUCCUGAUCAAAAAAUAGAAAUUGAAAUGCAAAGCGUUCACUUCGCGUGCAAUUUAAACAGCAACAACAACAGAUUUCCCAAACUCGAUCCCAGCGGGCUUCGGUACAACGGUGUAUUCUGCAGAGACUCUACGAAUGAAGAGAGGAGGCCAGAUAAGAACCUCAAUAAUCUCAGAUCGAACCCUUCGCCUCUUGAGAAUGAAACUACACAGAGGGUAGAGAGAAGGGACAGCCGCAACAAGAACAGACCUGGCUUGGAACUUAGGUCUAACGAUCGCAAAAGGUCUGGUGAUGUAGGAAGUAGCGUUUGGCCGAAGGAAGGAUCUUUUAGGAGCAAGCUGCCAACACCUGUGCACCGAAGAGAAAGUGCAAAGGACAAAAAACCAAGCUGUCUUCCUGUAAGGGUGGAUAAAAUAGAAAAAAAUCUCCAUAACCGAGUAGAUGAUUCAAAGACCAUCGACAUAAACAAGGACAAUCCUGGAAAGAAACCGGUAGAUAAUCGCAAUGAAGGCCUGUGGGUGAACGCCGUUCCUUUCAACAGAGACGAACAGAAUGCGAAUUCUCCUAGAAAGGAUUUUCGAAAGGACAGACUGUCGCAUCGCUCUCCCAGAAAGAGCCAUCUACCACGUCGGGAGAAUAGCGAUAACAAAGGAAAUGCACGUGUCAGAAGGAAAGUGAGCGGGAGUCGGCCCAAAACGGAAAAGCUGGAUCUUGAAAAAGACGAAUCGUCCGAAUGCCAAAAAUGGGCCAAAGAGAUCGCGAACCGUGCCAACGGUGAUGGUAAGCGGCACGAUACGCAAAUGGAUGAUUUUUUGAAAUACAGGGACAAAUGCGAAGACAAUUUCAGCCAUAUUCAGAACUUGAAUCGUGAGAGGUCGACCGAACGGGAAAGCAGUCGACUGGAUCACAUGCUUCUGAGCGGUAAACUGAAUGGUAACAUUGCGCAGAAUGGUGAAAUGUACCCCUUCGAAACGUUUCAUGAGGGUGGGAAGAUGCAACUUUUGCACAACACGAGACCGUCGUUCGACAACAACGAAAACUGCCAAGAAAAGAGACUGGCCAUCACCGAUUUCCUAUAGCUGGAAUUGUUCAAUUUUUGUGAUAAUAAUAAAUGUACAGAACCCUUCUUCGUUGUUAUAUCCCCAGUUGCUGAUAGACUGAUCAGUAUUGUUUCAUAAAGUUUGUCUUUUAAGCGACGAUGCGCUUUGUGAUCCAAGUUGCAUUUGUGUUUUGGGGAAAGUCUGAGUCUAUUUUAUUUCGAGAUGUUUUAUAAAUAUUUACGCGAGAUUUGUGUUAAUAAAAUAAACGAAAUUUAAUUUCGAAUUGUACAUUUGCAGUUGUUCUCUGAAAUAAAUAAGUCAAAGAAGA